AUGGCAUUUGAACCACAGCUUCAACAUGGUAGGAGAAUGCUAGCAAAAAUCUGUCAACUUGUCACUACAAUGGACGAUAUUUAUGAUAUCUAUGGUACUUUAGAUGAGCUCAAGCUACUUACCGACGCCAUUGCAAGGUUUGUAGCAAGAAGUCUUUUGAUGGCAGAUUAUUCUAAAGCAUAUUUAACGGAGGCUAAGUGGUACCAUAGUGGAUAUACACCAACCUUAAGGGAAUACUUAGACAACGCAACUGUAUCAGUUUCAGGAGAAGUAAUACUCGGUUGGGGUUAUUUUUGUGUGGAAAAUCCAAUAACAAAGGAGGCUUUCCAUUACUUGGAGCAACGCCCCAAUGUUUUGCAGUGGACAUUCUUGAUUAUGCGACUUGCAGAUGAUCUAGCAACAUGGAAGAGUGAAAUCAAAAGAGGUGAUGUUCCGAAAUCAAUUCAAGGUUACAUGUAUGAAACUGGAGCUUCUGAAGAAGAAGCGCGUCAACAGAUAAGAUAUUUGCUGAAUGAAGCCUGGAAAAAGAUGAAUAGAGAUCUAUUUUCAAAUCCUCUAUUUUCCCAAACUUUUAUUCGAGUGGUCUUGGGCAUGGCACAGUUAACAUCUUGUAUAUAUCCAGAUGGUGAGGAGUAUGAUGAUGUACUUCUUAAAUCUACGGAUAUGGCUAAGUCAUUGUUUUUUGAGCCCAUUCCAUAG